CACAUUUUUGGACAAAGCUUUUGUUCGUUUGGAAAGCCCUUCUAGUUUCGAGAAUGCCCUCAAAAUUUCGGAUUCAAUUUUCUCUUUUGAGGAUGAUUCUGUUUCGAUUAAUGCGAAGGAACUCUCGAUGAGAGUAUUGAGAAGAGGAAUUCAUUGGAUGACUGAUAUUUUGGAUUUGUGCUACACUCUCCAGGCAAACGGCGACUACGAACGAGUCUCCAAACUUCUCUCCUGUCCGCCUCUAAAAAUCCUCUGGCCCUCUCUUUUGCUCCAGUUCCUCUCAGUAUUUCCUCACAUUCCCAUAAACACCUCGAUCGAAACCUGGCAGAAAAAUGCAAACAUUUGUCGCUCCCUAAAUUUCCUUAUCGAAAAAUGCUCUCUCUAUUCAAACAAUCCGACCAUUCAAAACUCCAGUUCGACAAUGAAGCGACAUCUGAAAGUCAUCUACUGGAUUUUAGAGCACAAGAAAAAAAUCCUCGGUACUGCCUGCUAUUCCACUCCUCUGGAGAAAACUCUAUCCGCGAGGAAGAUUUUCUCACGAUUAGAAAAUUCCUGUAUCCUCUCCGUUUUAAAAUCAAGCGUGGAUCUCCACGAAGAGGAAUACGGAGAAGUUGUCAAUUUGCUGAAAGAGACCCUCGAAUCUUCAACAAUUUUCCAGUCCUAUCGGGCAAUGUUGAGUGCCCUGAGAGCAAUUUUAGCCUGCGAAUAUUUCAAUUCGAGGCACAAGGAAGUCGAGAAAAACUUUGUUGAAAUGGAAUCACUUCUCAGCUCUCUUUUUCCAUUGACUUUAAGACUCGAGGUGAUCGAAAAUAUAUUCUCCUUCCUUUUCCUCCGGCACGAGGACUUUUGCGACAAUGACAGAAGCUCGGAGGAAGAUGAGAAUGAGAAGGAAAAAGCGACUUCUGCUCUCGAGAAUAAGGAAUUGGAACAAAAGAGAUUUGGUUUCGCUGCUAAUAAAUACACGAUUCGAGAAGUUCUUUGUAGAUUGAAAAAUUGCGUUUUAACGGCCGGAAUUGACUCUGCUAAACAGAAAAGGAAACUUGGAAUCUCGAAUGAUUUGGAGGAGAUUAAUAAAGGCUUGGCCAAUAUAAAUAAAGUCAUUGCUGACGCUUUUUGGAGACUCGAGUUUCUCACGAGUGCUGAGUUUAUAAAAAAAGCAGAAACCUUAAAUUGCGAAAAGGGGGUUUAUGAGUGCAAAGAUGAAAAACUGCAUUUUUCAGCGAGGCUUAAGAAUCAGUCCAUUUUUUAUAAGGAGGAGAACAGUUCUACGGAUGAGGAUUUUGUAAAGUCUGAUGCUGAUAUUAAUUCGGAGGGUGGAUCGCUUGACAAUUCUUUGAGUUUUGGGAGAAAGAAGAAGAGAAUUAAAAGUAUGGCUAAUACAGAAAAUCCUGGAAACAAGGAUUUUAGUUCGAGGUUUAUUAUUAAUACUAUGCUGAUGUCGAAGGAAAGUUGGGUCUUGCAUUGUUUGUGGAAAGGAGAUCAUUUGAGAGCCCAACAAAUUAUUGAGAUGUUCAACAUGAAAGGAACUCAACUUGAUGGUGAAGUUCGAUUUUCAAAAGCAAUCCGGCUUUUCAGACAGGAUUUAAAUAAUUAUUUGAGUCCCGUUCACGUUGUGAAUUCUCCCAUAAAUAAAUCUGCUGCUUCAGUUUUACAGAAUGUGACCGAGAAUCUAGAUAAUAAAGACACUAGCAACGGCGCAUUGGGACAGCAAAGCUUCAAGGAAAUCAUUUAUCUUUGCGGAAACGGAAAUAAUUAUCUGGAGAAGGUCUACUCGCAUCUGCAGAUUCUACAAACGAUAAUUAAUGAUGACUCUUCGGUGAUAACGGAAUCUAAUAUUCUAAAAAAUCCACUUCAUUCUUACUUUGGCCAUCAAAUAUUCGAUUUAAAUGUCGAACCUAGUGAACUUGAAUUGAUAGCGAAUAAACUUCAAGUAAACUUGGUCUACAGUAUUCUCGUCAACUGUUGCCCAAAACUCACUUGUGAUAAUCAUACAAACUCUCAGAAAGUUUCUAACUCACAAUGGGGUUACGUUAUUUUGAAUUGCAACUCUGAGGAAAACAAAAGCCCAGAAAAUCAUUCUUGUGACCCGAAUCUCUACGUUUCUGAAAUUUUAACCGACCUUUUACAAACCUUACGUAAGCUAUCACUCGGAGCUUCGACUCUAAGUUCCAAGGAGCUUGAAAAUUUCUCCAAACAUCCGGAGAUUCGAGCAAUUUUAAAAAAGACCUCAAUUCUCUCUUCUUUGGAUCUGAGCGAAUUAUUAGAUGGAGAUCACACUCUCGCCUUUUUCCUCAAUCUUUGGAAUCUCCUAUUUUUGCAUUCGCUUCUUUACUUUUGGGCCGAGGACCCUUCAUUUAAUGAUUUAAGACACGCAGUUUCGCUGAUGAUCACCGGAUAUGAAGUUGGGGACUUGGGACUUGUAACUUUAUCAACUCUUAGGUCAAAAUUGCUCGGGACUUUGGCCUGGGAUUUUAAAUUGUUCGGACCAAUGGAAAGUUUGAAUGAACUGGCAUGGCAAGAUUUAGAUCUGAUGCAGGAUUCAAGAUCAAUUUUCGCGAUGGCGAACGAAUUUGCGGACUCGCCAGUUAUUAAGGUUUUUAAUCCCCAGACUUUAAAUGACGACCUGGAAACCGGCAUGCUUAACUACUUCAAAAAUUACAACAAAAAAGCCAAAGCCGAAGAUUCAAAAUUAGAAAUCCGUCUUCCUGAACUAAUUCAGCGUUACUCAAAUUUUCUAAAAACGAACUCUGAAGGGAACAAUUUGCAUUCCAUGAUACCUAGUUUAGAAUAUUUUCAAUCCCUCGACGAGAGCAAUUACAAAUCUCUAGCCUUUAAAUACGAGUUCAAACUAAACUACACUUUCGAGGAGGAACAGGAAGAGGAGAAAGAAGAGGAUAAAUCUUUGCUCGAGAGUCCAGACUGGAAAUCAAGAAUCGCCAAGCCUUCCUUGCUUCGAUAUCUCGAAGGACACUGCUGGCUCCUUUCCUAUCUCGUUCAGCGAAUUCACGAGGAAAGUCCCACGAUUCUGGAAACCGAUUGCGAAAAUACUCAACGCACCGUUUGUCUCGAAAACGUUCUCAACUCUCCCUGGACAAAAAUGCUCAGCACUCUUUUCAACGACAAUCGAGUUAUCGCCAGUGUUCAAGAGAAUCUUCCAUUAAAAACUCUCUGGUCCUUCUUCGAAGAAUCUCUAAAAACAGAAAAGUACCAAGAAUCCCUCGAUGUUAUCAAUGCAAUUCCUGAUAAUUUCCUAGCAAAGAAUGUCGAAUUGCAAUGCUUCAAGGAUAAAAUUCUAAGUCUCUUGAGUUCUCGAAACGAGGAGCGAAUUCUCAAUUACAUCUACCAGAUUAAAGACAUCAACAUUCUCGUUCAAACGAUUCUCCUCAAUAUGCACAAGUGGCCAAUGGAAAUUUGCGAAGACGCUUUACUCCACGCUUUGCAUCAUCACGAAAGCGAAAAUCUUCCAUCGCAUUGCAAAGUGAAAAUGAGCGAAACUCUUUGUAGAAUCAUGAUUUUCCGAAAGAUCCUCCCUUAUUGCGAGAGCGAAAUUAAUCUCAAGGAUGCGAGAUGGUUCGACGUGGUGAAUUGUACAGAAAAAACCGAUCCUGGUCGGGUCAUUCAGUCCUUGAUCAAGGAAAAUAAAUUCGAGUUGUGUCUCGAGUGGCUAGAAUACCAGCGAUUUUCCUCCGAGAUGCACACCUUGGUUACUCGGGACUUGUUACUGGGUUUGUUGAGAAAUGAGGAAGAGGACUUUAAACACGCGAAGAAACUUCUCCAGGCUUUGCCGCUGAACCAGUCGUUAGCGAUCUGCAAAGGGGUUUUGAAACGAUUGGAGAAAACGAGAGCGAUGCGAUUUGUGGUGAAAUUUUUGCUCGAGCAUUGUAAGGCGACGAAGACUUUGAAAUAUAGAAAGGCGUUAAUUGGAAUCGAUAUUUUGGAUGAGUUGGAUGACAAGGAGAAGGGAUUGUACGUUCAUUUGAUAAGGGAUCCGUUGUUGAUGCUGGAACAGUUGUUGAUGAACUGCAAGUUUAAGAGUUUGCAGAGGACAUUGAAUGUGGUGGAGGGAAAGCUGCCCGAGGCGAAUAUUUCGAUAGAGAGUUUUGAUAAGGUGAUUAGGUUUUAUGCCGGGAAGUCGCUGGAUUUUAGAUUCGCUUUUCAGCGCGAUGGGGUUGAUACGAAGACGAGAGAUGCGCAGCUUUUGGAAAGCGAUGACCAGGGAGGGAAUGAAUUUGUGAUGCCUGCUACUGUUCCGACCAAGGAGGAGUGGAUUCCGAAUGAUCAGGCGAAGGAGUGUAGUUGUUGUAAGGAAGUGAUAUUUUCUAUGUUCAAUAGGAGGCAUCAUUGCAGAAGGUGUGGGAGGGUCGUUUGUGCAAUGUGUUCGCAACAUCGGAUGAGAGUCGCUGGAUAUCCGAAUUCGGUUCCGGUGAUGGUUUGCAAGGAUUGCAAGCUGCAGACGACUUUACAACAACAAGCGGCUAUAGGUGCACCAUCCACACCAGGCAGCGAGGUCCUCGAAUCCUGGAAGCUAACAACCGAGGACUCUUACAACCAAACCGUCCGGGAUGAAUUUUCCUUCGAAUACGCUCCAAACAUUUCCCUCUGCCUCGCCAUCCUGAACCUUCACUCCGACCACAAAGCCUACGCCACAUUUCUCCUCGACCAGUGCGACGAGAUGAAAAAGCUUCUUCAGCCCCUUUCCGGGGGAAAAGUCAACCUCGAAAUCGACCACGCUCUAAUCAUCAAAAUGAUUCGAUCUCUCCUCGUAGCCGCUAAAGUUAAAUGCGCAAAACUAGGUCUCAACGCCGGACUUGCCCACUGCGAUCGUUUCCUUUCUCAGGUCGACCUCAUCACCACUCUCGUCCAGUCCGACUGUCUUUCUCUCAUUCCCACCGACGAUCUUGACGAUCACGCUUUCCGAAAAUUGCGAGACCUCCUCACCGAAAAGGAGCAAUGGACCCUCGCCCUCGACGUCAGCACCAAGUCCGGCCUCGACACCCAGGGUGUCUGGGCAGCCUGGGGAAAGGCCUGUCUCAAGGUCGGAUACUUUGAGCGUGCACGAGAAAAAUUCUCCCACUGUUUGGACAAAGUUCUCUACGAAAAUUUCGACGACUGGGUAAUUCUCUCCCAUCCGGAAUCACUCGACAGCAACGAGGAUUCCGAGUCCCAGAACUUCCGCGUCGAACUCACGAGUCCCAGGAAACUCGAAGCGGUCGUGAAAAUUCGCCCCUUGAAAGAUCCUCCACUUCUCAACGAGAUUCUGCAAAUUCUCGAGAAUUUAACUCUGAAUGGCCAAGGCUUCAAGUCGGGCGCAAGUGCUGCCCAGGAAAUUUUAAACACACUCAAUAGUCUGAAGGCCAUCAGUCAGGGAAAUUAUCCGCAACAUUCGGUGAACGAGAAUGUUUAUUACCAAGAGCGACUUUACUAUCUCUUGAUGUACGGAAGUAGCAGCUCGAUUCUCGAAUUCUUUGUCAAGCAGAAGGAAUUUGAUAAAUGUUUGCUCUUUGUCAUGGAGAACGAUGUCGAGCCAGAUUUGUUUUUCAACGCGGUUUAUCUGAGAUGUUUGCGUAGCGAGAAUGUGGAGAAUUUGCUGAAUGCUAUGAAGAGCAAAGAUUCGAGUUUACUCAUUUGGAAGAAAUAUCUCGUUUAUAUUUGCCGUAAUCUGGAAAAACGGAGAUUAUUGAACACGCUUUAUCAUUUGCAGUUGUUCAUGAAGGAUUAUAUCAGAGCGGCGAUGACUUGCAUCCGGUUUUACAAAAAUGAGGCGAGUACUUAUACGAAUUUGUGUGAGAGGACGCAUUUACUUCUGGAGGCUCAGGGACAUUUGGAAGCGGAAUUGAAGGUGGAGAAUUUCGGAAAUAAGCGGAGAAGGCGAAGUGUCAGUUCGCAGAAUGGAAGCGGGGGAUUGACGAUGGAAAUGGAGCCUCUGGAAAUUGAUAAACACGUGAACACGAUUUCGAGACAGAUGGAGAUUGCCAAGUUCUUGGGAUCUGCGGAGAAAGAGGGAAGGACUAUUGGACCUUUCUUGGGAUAUUUGUCGGAUAUGGAUGCUGAGGGAUCGCAGGCUGGAGAACUGCCAACGCUUUUUGGAAAUCAUCAGCAGAAGACGCAGCUUGCUGUUUUGGCGAUCUUGUGUGGCAGAGAUGUGGAGGAGGGAUUUGGAAUUGCGUUUAGAAUCAUGCAGGAUUACAAUCUCCGACCGCAGAAAGUGUAUUCGUUGGUGGGUCAUGUAUUGGCACUGGAGAAAAAAAUCAACUCGAUAGAGCAAUUGAUAAAAUGUUGUAGAAGUUCUGGAGCUCCAGAUUCAAACGCUAUAUCGGACCGGAUUUUAGCUCACUGUGUGAAACUACUUUUGAGUAGUUGCUGUCCCGAGUCGGGUCCACAUCCAAGAGAUCAAGUGAAUUCUCUUAUCAGACUGAUUACCGAUGUAGAACUCAAGAUAAGUUCCUACGUAGAAAGCAAACAGCUCAAAGCCGCGUAUCUUCUCGCAGUGAAACACACGAGAGCUCAAGACAUUCGUCGAAUUCUAAAAGAGGCUGACCGAUUGGGUCAAAACGCAAUAAAGUCCAUCUGUACCAAAUGGCUUCAACAAACUCAAGGAUCUUAAACGCCAGAACUAAAAUCGUGAAACUCUCUCAAUUCCCUUAAUUUCCAAACUGUCCAUCCAAUACCGCUUUUAAUCCAAUUUUUUUUUGUUAUCCUGUCGCAUUUAAUCGAAAAGUCCAGAGGCAGAAGUUGUACAGAGUAGAAGACUAGAGUUUAUUUAAAUGUAAUUUAUUUUCUGCGCAUUUACACUCGUGAGGAUUCGCGUUGGAGAGCUAGACAUGUCUCGAGAAUUUUCAUUUCCGGUAAGCGCAUCUUAACAAUAAUUUAUAAUUAAAAGACAAUAUUUAUAUUAUAUCGUAACAAAGUAACAUUCGCUUUCAAACAAAUAUACUACAGCAUUGACACUGAUGUAUUUGUUACGGGCUGUGAUACAUUCUGCGUGAAGUAAACAACGCUAAUAGCGAAUAAGUUAUUAGUAGAAAUAAUCAUCUAUCUAAGGCUCCAGGCAACAAUAAAAUUAAUUUUUAAAUAGGCUUCGUUGAACAUUUUCAACCUUUUCGAAAUUAAGUCUUCCUACGUCUUUUCCUACAAGUAGUCAGUCACCAAAAAAGGAAUGAUUUUACGGAUGUUAGUCUUGAGUGCAGAAAUUAUUCAUAGGCCGAAUCGAAAAACAAUUUAUCAAAGGCAGUUCACUAUUUAUUUAAUUUGAAGUCAAUUCUAUAUAUUAGCUUUCAAAUUUUCUCUCAGAAUAUGAAGCUGAAAAAGAUUUUCGCCUUUGAUGUAUUGAUUAAAACAAAACUAAAUACUUCUUUUGUUUUAAUAAAAUUCUGACGAGGGACUUUCCCUUUUCCGGAAUGGCUUACGAAUUUUGGCACUUUUAACGAAUUUUCUUCGCAAGAAUUUGGGUUGUGUGUAUGUACAAGAGCAUGAAAUUGUCUGAAUUAUACUUAAGUAAAAAGUAUACUCAAGUUUUUUAGAAGUCUUUGACUCGUUAAUUAUAUACGUGCAAAGCAGUAAAUCAACGAUUAUUCCAAGUCCGUUAAAGACGGUCACUUUUACAAGAAUUCUGAAUAAACAUGAUAUUGAAA